AUGCCUUUCAGCCCAGCAAAACCUCCCUCUCUCGCCACUCCGCUUCCCGUUCCGCACUAUGACGCCAUUUCACCCGUCAUUCCUCCCUCUUCCGCCAUCUCCCCCUCCCAUUCCGCCCUCUAUCGCCUUUCCGCCCGUCAUUCCGCCCUCUAUCGCCUUUCCGCCCGUCAUUCCGCCCUCUAUCGCCUUUCCGCCCGUCAUUCCGCCCUCUAUCGCCUUUCGCCCGUCAUUCCGCCCUCUAUCGCCUUUCCGCCCGUCAUUCCGCCCUCUAUCGCCUUUCCGCCCGUCAUUCCGCCCUCUAUCGCCUUUCCGCCCGUCAUUCCGCCCUCUAUCGCCUUUCCGCCCGUCAUUCCGCCCUCUAUCGCCUUUCCGCCCGUCAUUCCGCCCUCUAUCGCCUUUCCGCCCGUCAUUCCGCCCUCUAUCGCCUUUCCGCCCGUCAUUCCGCCCUCUAUCGCCUUUCCGCCUGUCAUUCCGCCCUCUAUCGCCUUUCCGCCCGUCAUUCCGAGUUCACACUGCACAUCCCUUCUCCCAUGCCGCCCUUCAUCCACUCCUUCCGCACAUCCCUACUAUAAUCCGCCAUUCAUCAUCUCAUUUCGCCGUUCAUCUACUGGUUCUAGCCGUUCAAGCAGGGCGCACGAGGGCGCGGGCAGCAGCAGAGCGCACGAGGGCGCAGGCAGACCAGAGCGCACAAAGGCGCAGACAGCAGCAGAGCGGCAACGAGCAGCACAGGCACGGGCAGCAACGGGCGGCAACGGGCGGCACAGGCACGGGCAGCAACAGGCAGCAACAGGCAGCACAGGCUCGGGCAGCAACGGGCGGCAACAGGCAGCACAGGCACGGGCAGCAACAGGCGGCAACGGGCAGCACAGGCACGGGCAGCAACAGGUAGCAACGGGCAGCACAGGCACAGGCAGCAACGGGCGGCAACAGGCAGCACAAGCACGGGCAGCAACAGGCAGCACAGGCACGGGCAGCAACGGGCGGCAACGGGCAGCACAGGCUCGGGCAGAAACAGGCAGCAAUGGGCAGCACAAGCACGGGCAGCAACGGGCGGCAACGGGCAGCACAGGCAUAGGCAGCAACAGGCAGCAGCAACGGGAGGCAACGGGCAGCACAGGCUCGGGCAGCAACAGGCGGCAACGGGCAGCACAGGCACGGGCAGCAACGGGCGGCAACGGGCAGCACAGGCACAGGCAGCAACAGGCAGCACAGGCUCGGGCAGCAACGGGCGGCAACAGGCAGCACAGGCACGGGCAGCAACAGGCGACAACGGGCAGCACAGGCACGGGCAGCAACAUGCAGCAACGGGCAGCACAGGCACAGGCAGCAACGGGCGGCAGCAGGCAGCACAGGCACGGGCAGCAACAGGCAGCACAGGCACGGGCAGCAACGGGCGGCAACGGGCAGCACAGGCUCGGGCAGCAACAGGCGGCAACGGGCAGCACAGGCACGGGCAGCAACGGGCGGCAACGGGCAGCACAGGCACAGGCAGCAACAGGCAGCAACGGGCAGCACAGGCACGGGCAGCAACAGGCAGCAACGGGCAGCACAGGCACAGGUAGCAAAGGGCGGCAACAGGCAGCACAGGCACGGGCAGGAACGGGCUGGCAACAGGCAGCACAGGCACGGGCAGCAACGGGCGGCAACGGGCAGCACAGGCACGGGCAGCAACGGGCGGCAACAGGCAGCACAGGCACGGGCAGCAACAGGCAGCACAGGCACGGGCAGCAACGAGCGGCAACAGGCAGCACAGGCAUACCGAGUCCAGGAGCGGUGGCGCAUACAGCUGUAGGGUCGGCGCCGUGGGCUGCUGCUGGGGCGGCUCGCGGGGUCCAGGGGCGGCUGCUGAGGUCCAUGGGUGGCGCUGGUGCAAGGUAG